CGGCACGGAUGGAGGAGGAGGCGUCCGCAGAUCCAGCACCCGCCUCGUCCUCCAGCGUCUACGUCCUCUGCUGCUGAUUCGACCUCGCCGGCAGGAGUCUCUGGUGAUCGUGCGUGGGGCUUGGCUAUGGCCGGCGAGGGGGGUCGCGUUGGCGGCGGCGGCGGCGCCGGGGUAGGGGGAGGAGGACAGCCCUUCGUCGACCGGAGCAAGGUCAGGAUCCUCCUAUGCGACAGCGACCCCGACAGCUCCCAGGAUGCGCUUCGCCUCCUCUGCAACUGCUCCUACCAAGUGACCUGCGCCAAGUCCCCACGGCAGGUGAUCAACGUGCUCAACUGCGAGGGGGCAGAGACGGACAUCAUCCUGGCGGAGGUAGAUCUGCCCGUCUCCAAGUGCUUCAAGAUGCUCAAGUACAUCGCCAGGAACAAGGAGCUGCGCCACAUCCCCAUCAUCAUGAUGUCCAACAGAGACGAUGUUUCUGUCGUUGUCAAGUGCUUGCGACUAGGUGCUGCCGAGUACCUGGUCAAGCCGCUGCGAAUGAAUGAGCUGCUCAACCUCUGGACCCAUGUGUGGCGGCGCAGACGAAUGCUUGGUUUGGCGGAGAAAAACUUCUUCGUUGACAAUCUUGAGUUGGUGCUAUCAGAACCUAGUGACGCCAAUACCAAUAGUACCACGCUCCUUUCGGACGAGACAUAUGAUAGGCCAAAAGAAAACAGAAAUCAUGAAACAAAUACCUCGAAUCAACAGGAAUACGAGUCUCCUCCAGUUGCUGAUCCCCCAAAGACAGAAGAAUUGGAGAAUCUACCAAGCAUUACUGAAUAUGGCGAUAAAGCAUCAUCUUCAGGAGGAAUGUUUUCACGCCCAAUAAAGACCAAUUUGAGGUUUGCUGAGUCGUCUGCAUUUCUAGCGUAUGUUAAGCAAAGCACUCCAACCAGCACCCCAUUGGAUAAUGAACUACAGAGAGGGGGUAAUCAGUUAGAUAUUAUGGAUCACCAGGGUGAUUUCUCUAGCGCGACUGACAGAAUUGAUACUAACAGCAGUGUAAAUACUCGGGAUGAAAAAGCUUUUGACAUGCCUAUGCAGUAUCCUUCGGUAUGCUUUUCUUCCUCUAACUUGCAUCCGGAGCAAAGAAAUGAAGGCCAACAAGAUGUUUCAGGAACUCCUCCUGUAUAUCACUUCCCAUAUUAUUAUCCAGGGAUGGUAGAGCAUGGCAUGGCACUUCAUUCAGUGCAACAUUUUCAAGCAAACAUAAACACUGCUCAAGCACAUACACCACCAGCAUUCCUCCAUCAAUACAAUGUUUAUCCCCAUGGCCAUGGUGUAUCUACGAUGCCAUCAUUUCAGUACAAUCCUGCUGGUAUGAGUGUACAUUCCAGUCAUUUGUCAACGCAAAAUGUGUGGCCACCGGUAUCAAGCACACCGAUUCCUGAGGAAACACAUAGUCACUCUGACAGGAGGGCUGCAGCACUUGCCAAGUUCAGACAGAAAAGGAAGGAUCGCUGCUUUGAUAAGAAGGUGAGGUAUGUAAAUCGGAAGAAACUUGCUGAAACGAGGCCGAGGGUGAGAGGUCAAUUUGUUAGGCAGGCAAGCAAUGCAGAUAUAAUUAGCACUGGAGAUGACAUCUCUGAUUAUGAAGACGACGAUCCAUCAUCCAGGGAGGUUGUGAUGGUUUCUUCACCAGAUUAGUUUGAAAAGCCAUCUUAUGUGUGAAAUGGUGUGGAUAUGAUCAUUGCUCAUCUUGUGACUGCUCACAGAAUACAUCCUCAACCCUCAGCACCACCCCGAAAGAACCUGUGGCAUACCUAUUAUGAUUAUUACUGUGGACAUUUUGGGGGGAAUCGUAUUUUGACAAUGUAAGUUAGUUAUACUCGUCUGUGAUGCACAUGACAUUAUGGCAAACUCUGUGACCAUCGUAUUAUUACACUAAUUGUAAUGACCUCUUUCUCUUUGCUCAUAAUGUUCAGUUUCAUUUUCUCUA